UGUGUGUGUGUGUGUGUGUUUCCCUACUACUCAUGCAACAUUCAUAUUAAAAGAACGAAGGUGACGUGCUGGUGAUUUAGUGGCACUUAAUAUUAUUUCGAUUGAAGACACAAGUUCUAGAUCUUUCUGGAACUCCACUGCAGCAGAAACGAUGCGAUGACGUCAUCACCCUUAACCAAUAGGAGCUGAGGGGGCGUGGCUAGUCGGAGAGAGGAAAGUAAUACGGUUCGGUUCUCGUGCGUGCGCGUGUGUAUGCGUGUUUCAGUGCGCGCUCGUUCAGGUGCAGGUUUGAGUCACGUUGAUGAUGCCGAAGUGACCCGCAAGUGAAGCGCGUGUGUGUGUGUGUGUGUGUGUGUGUGAGUGUGUGAGUGUGUGUGUGUGUGUGUGAACACAGAUAAUGGGGUCAGUCACGGAGAGUCCGGUGUUAAAGUGUCCGUGCCAGAGCCGGUGCGGCGGGAGCUGGAAGGCGUUCGCGGGUCUGUUCGCGCUGUCGCUCGCGCUGCACGUCUUCACACUUGUAUGUUACGUGGAGCUGCGCUCAGAGAUCCGGAUCCAGAAGAGCGGCACCGGCACCGAGGCUCCUCCGGUCCCUGCGCAAGGAGACGGAGACGUGCACGAGAAGCUUAAAGUGGAGAGACCGACGGAGGAGAGAAUCAUCCUGCGCUCCAAACGCUCAGAAUCACAUGGGAAUGGAAAGAGGAAGGGAGAGAGGAAAAAAGGUAAAAAAGGCCCACCUGGUGCUCCAGGACCUCCAGGACCUCCUGGGCCUCAGGGACCCCCGGGAAUACCGGGAAUACCAGGAAUUCCUGGAAGCAACGCAAUGGGACCACCAGGACCACCAGGACCUGCUGGACCUCCGGGACCUCAAGGACCACCUGGAGCUCAGGGAACACCAGGUGGAGGGGAGAGAAGCAGGUUCAGAGACACACAGCCAGCUGUGGUACACCUACAGGGUCAAGAGACAACCAUUCAGGUGAAAGAAGAUCUCUCCGAAGGUGUCCUGAAGAACUGGAAGACCAUCGCGAUGCACCACCGUGUGUUUAAGAUGCACUCGCGCUCCGGAGAGCUGGAGGUGCUGCAGGAUGGGACAUACUUCAUCUAUAGUCAGGUAGAAGUGUACUUCCUGAACUUCACAGACAUUGCCAGUUAUGAGGUGCUGAUUGAUAAAGAUCCGUUUCUCCGGUGCACACGCAGCAUUGAGACCGGACAGCGCAAGUUUAACACGUGCUACACAGCCGGUGUGUGUUGGCUCCGUGCCAGACAGAGGAUCUCCAUCCGCAUGGUGUACGAUGACACCUCCAUUUCCAUGACCAACCACACCACCUUCCUCGGGAGCAUCCGCCUUGGUGAAGCCCCGCCCUCUGGACACAGCUGAGCUAAUCAGAUUAAAGACCGACCACCCAGGGGAAAUGUCUGAGCCAGCUCUGUUAUCAUCCCCAAAAGGCCACUACGCUGAACUGGCUCAUAGACUCCUCCCAUUACAAUAUGUGAGCCAAUCAGCUUGCAGAUUCCACCAACCAUUUAACAACAAACAUAUUAUUUAAUCAGCUCACUUCUUUACAGAAUAGAAAAAAUCUUUAGGCCAAUCAGCUCACACCGUUUUUCCCCACUGAGAAUCAUCUGCUCUAACUCCACCCACCAGCCCAUCCUAACCAAUCACUAUGAAGACUCCACCUACUGAACAUGCAGUCCACCCACUGGUCCAUGCCCAUGAGACACAGCUUAGCCAGACUAAAGGACAGCAGCUGAACUAAAUUAACUAAAUGUUAGCCUAAGCUAGCUUAGUUAUCUACACAGAGCUGAGACCUGAUUGGCUGGAUGUGAUGUCACAUGAUCAGGGUUCUGCCUGGCUGAUAAAGUGUAGGUACUGAGCUGGGAUUGGCUGUCACUUGGUGAAAUCAGGAUGUUCUGAACACACACACACACACACACACACACACACACAAAACUAAUGUUUUAAUAUCGGCUAACACAAACAAAGCGUUACGUAUAAUUACACCAUAUUACACAAUUUUCAGCACAUUAAUAUUUUUAGUUUAUGAUUUUAUCACACUUGUAUUUUUAUAAUUGUAUUUUUGAAGAAAAUGAUGGGAUUGUUCUACAGUCUCUGGAGUUAUUAUAUUACCGUGUUUAUGAAUGAAAAACUUUCUCCAGUGCACUGGACUGUGUGUGUGUGUGUGUGUGUGUGUGUGUGUGUGUGUGUGUGUGUGUGUGUGUGUGUGUGUGUGUGUGUGUGAGCACUGUGUUGCUGAGUGCAGUGAAUUUUUUUUUAUGAUAUUUUUUGUGUGUUGUAACUCAGGAGUGUGUGUGUGUGUGUGUAUGAGUUAGUGUGUUUGCGUGUGUUUAUCAUGUUCGUGUACAUGUGUAUACUAUGCAGUGGGUGUAAAUAUGUAGAUACAUCAUUUCUCCUUUUGCUGUUUCUGUAAAGUUUUGUAUUAAAUAUUUUUUCUCACA